AUGCGUCUUCCGUUGCUAAAGUUAGGGAAGUAUACAGGUCUACGUGCCGCUGUGGUGCUGGGUGGUGACAGAAUGGAAGACCAGUUUGCUGCCCUACAUUCUAACCCUGACAUAAUCGUAGCUACUCCAGGUAGAUUUAUGCAUGUUGCGGUAGAAAUGGACCUGAAGCUGAAGUCAGUGCAGUAUGUUGUGUUUGAUGAAGCAGACAGAUUAUUUGAGAUGGGAUUCCAAGAGCAGUUGAACGAGAUCUUAAAUCGUCUACCAGAGUCCAGACAGACAGUGUUGUUCUCGGCAACUCUACCUAAAUUGCUGGUUGACUUUGCAAAAGCCGGGCUCCAUGACCCAACAUUGAUCAGAUUAGAUGUAGACACAAAACUUAGUGACCAGUUAAAGCUCUCCUUCUUGCAGUGUCGAGCAGAUGACAAGCUUGGUGUACUGUUACACGUUCUGAGACAUGUCAUACCAUCAGGAGAACAGACGGUUGUGUUCGCAGCAACCAAACACCAUGUGGAAUAUCUAAAUCUAGUACUCCAGAAAGCCGAAAUUUCCUGUACAUAUAUCUACAGUUCAUUAGACCCUACUGCCCGCAAAAUUAACUUGGCAAAGUUCCAACAUCGUAAAGUGAUGGUGAUGAUAGUGACAGAUUUGGCUGCGAGAGGAAUUGAUAUACCGCUCUUAGAUAACGUUAUAAAUUACAAUUUCCCAGCAAAAGCCAAACUUUUUGUGCACAGAGUAGGUCGAGUUGCACGUGCUGGUCGUAGUGGUGUUGCAUAUUCUUUGAUUGCCCCUGAUGAAGUGUCAUAUGUGGUAGAUCUACAUGUAUUCCUGGGAAGGCCAGUAAAAUUUGUACCUCUAGGAAAACAGGUGAAAGAUAAGGAUGGUCUAUAUGGCACAGUACCUCAGACUAUAAUAGACGACCUGGCCGAGACAAUAUUUGCUUGGCAUGAAGAGUCCUAUGAUAUUAAAGCCAUGGUUAAAGUUUGCAGCAAUGCAUAUGGACAUUAUAUUCGGUCAAGACCAGCGCCCGCACCAGAAUCUGUGAAGCGGGUCAAAGAAAUGGAGAAACUGGGUCAACAUAUUGGCACACAUCCAAUGUUUGGUUUAGAGGAAGAUACUUCAGAAGCAGAGAGGCUUAAGCUGUUGAAUGCCUUAAAGUCAUACAAAUCUAAUACAACAAUUUUUGAAGUCAACUCCACUGCAAAGAACAGCAGUUUUAGUGUAAUGAAAAAGAAGAGGAAUUACCAUGAUAAGGUUGUGGAGAGUAAACAGAGAAAAGUGGAGGAAAACAGGCUUGAACCUGGCACUGAGGUUGAAGAUCGAAGCAGCGGGCAGGACACAGCUGAUGAGGCUGCACUAGCGGAAACUUUCACUGUUGUGAUUGGUGGAAAACAGUCCACAGCUAGUCAAGACAGCCAAUCAGGAUCAAGCUUACAGAUUGGCAAGAAGAGAAAGAAGAAAGGAAAAGAGCCUGUCAGAGAUGAGGAGAACUAUAUAUCGUACAGACCCUCUGACUACCAGACAGAACAAGGUUUACGACUGGGAAGCAGCUUUGACCGAGAAGCAUCUGGAGCUGUCUUAGAUCUGGCAGGUGAUGACGAAAGUAUAAAUAAGAAGAGAACAAAUGCUUUAAAAUGGGAUAGAAAGAAAAAGAAGUAUGUAAGAGAAAGUAAUGAAGACCCAAAGAAAAAGAAGAUUAGGACAGAAAGUGGAGCAUUGAUACCAGCUUCCUACAAAUCUAAUGCAUAUAAAGAAUGGGUGAAGAAAAGUAAGACGGACAUACAAGUCGAAAAAGAUGAAGAAGAAGAUGAUGAUGCACCGCAGAAACAGAAUAGAACGAAAAAUAAACUUGCUGUUCUUGGGGUCACAGAGUAUAACAGAAGGCAUGUGAAAGGAUCAGAUGUUGGUUACCAAGGUAACAAGAGGGACAAAUUCAAAAGAAAAGGCUCCGAGUUGAAGAGACCAGAGCAGAUUGCAAAAGCCAGAAAGCUGAAAGCUAAGAAAGAAGCUUUCCAGUCACAGAGACAACACAAACACAAAGUCAACAAAGCCAAACAUAAAUCUAAGAAAUAAUCCUUAAGAUAAACACUGUCACAUUACAGAGAGACACACAGUUAAAAGAAAUGUUAUAGUUGGCUGCUGCAUACAUCCCUCAUUAUUAGAGUACACAUGUAUUUGAUUUUUUUUUUAGAAUAUUCAAAAUCAGAAUAGAGAAUAAACAAUCACAUUUUUCUGCUUUAAAGCGACAUGUAAUACUUGAUAAAAUUUUAAUCUGCAAAAUCUUCAAAGGUUUCUAUCUCUUUAAUAUUAUAUUUAGAGAGUUUAUAAACCAAUGCAAUGUUUUGAAUGAUGAUAACACAAAACCAAUCACAAAGUUUGUGACUAUAAAAGGAUAUAGGUCACUAGAGGAAGUACAAUAUCUUAACCAUUUGUUAAUUUUUUACGCAGCUUUAUAUACCACUUUAAGACAUGUAGAACUGUUUGGGUUUCUUUUGAGAAAUGUGAAGCAUUUAAAUAAGCAUAAAAGCUGUAAUUAUUGUUGUAUACAUUAUAUUGAAAAAAACAAAACAAAAAACAAAUGUACAUGCAUAUACUGUUACUUUUUCAACUUUAUGAGACUGGAAAGUAAAAUUUGAAAAAUAUAAAGA